UUAUCAUUUUUUCUAAUGUCAAAAAGUGACGUUUAACGUUUAUUUUUAAAGUUAUACCGGCCGGUGCGGCUUUUAAUUUGUUAUUAGAUACCAGUUUCUUGUGUAUUUCUACUUAAAUAUGGAAGAAACAGUAGUAUUUCCAUCCCCCAAUUGGUUUCAAACAACUGGACUAGCUGUAAGCACAGACCGUUGGUUUGUUUUUGGUGGCCCCCAAAAGUCUUUGUGUGUAUUAGAACCUAUUCCAGAUUCACUUGGAAUCGUUAAAGGAGAUGUGUACCGGGCCCAUGUUUUACUCAAAGCCCACUUUGAAAAAGUCGUUAGUGUAGAUAUAUCUCCAGAAUGGCCAGAAAAAAAAGCAUUUAUGAGCGGUAGUGUUGAUGGCUGUGUAAAAUGUUGGGUUUUAGAGCUAGCAGACAAUAAGUAUAAACUUAAUACUACCCACAGUCAUUCUGUGCACAAAAAUGAGAAAGAGGAAGUGGUGGGUGUAGGAUACUGUAAUGAAACAUAUGCAGUGACAGUUGGGUCAAUGGGAUAUGUUGUCAAAUGGGAUCUUAACUCUAAUGUGAUUAAGACCUAUCGUAACUUCUUAAAAACAUUCCGACCGACAAGUAUGGCUUGUUCUCCCCAUGUUCCUUUGAAUUUGGCUAUUGGUACAAAGCAAGGAGUAAUAUUUGUAGUAGAUUUAACUAGUGCAGGAAAAAUUUUGUACAAAGUUCGUGGACAAGAUGAUGAGAUUGUUAGUGUAAGCUGGUGUCCUCAGUUUGAAGUUUCAAUAAAACAAACACUUGAUAUUGAUAAGAAAGUAAGUGCUAACGAAAGAAUGAAUAAAAUAAGGCUAGAGGCAGAACACUCCAAACAAAAUAUGAACAACUCUGGUGUGUCUAAAACAUUACCAGAUGAUAGUUUUGAUGAAUCAAUUGUACAGGAGGAUGAUUUGUUUGAUAUGUACAAAGAUUAUGAAACAGAUGCUUUUGGACCUAAGAAAUAUGAACCAGAAGAUAUACUAGUCAGGGUAAAAGCAGAGGUAAAGACGGAAGUUAGUUAUUUAGAUGAAUGUAAAAUUUUAACUGAAGAAAUAUUAAAAAGAAAAAAUCAACCAGAAGAAAGUAUAGCAGGUUUAGUUGAUGCUUUAGAAAAUGUGGCUGUUGAUAAAGAAAUAGACAGUUCUAAUGAUGAACUAAAAGCUCAUGAUGAUGAUAAGGAAGCAAAAGAAGACUCCACUAAAACAGUUUCUAAUCAACACAAGCAUCUUGUUUCCAGUUUAGGAAAAAAUGGUUGCGUUAGAAUAUGGGCCUCUGGUGGGAAGCUAGUGGGUAGCUGUAAUGCUCCUAUCUCUAGUAAUAAGAACCAGAAGAACAUUAAAAUACAACAAUGCACUACAUUGCUGUGGUGCAAGCCUGACACAUUGCUAAUUGCUGAUGGCAGGAGUCAAUUGUUACAUUGUAAUCCAUUGAAAAUAGAUGGGAAAAACAAAAUGGUAUACAAGUUUCUCCAUUCGCAACAUAGAAGAGGCUUAUUUUCUAUUGUGUCUGAUGCCCCACGGGUACAAACAUCCGAAAACCUUAAGGAAGCAGAAAACUGGAGUGUAUGGACAACUGCUCAGGACCGUAAUGUGAUCAGAUGUUCCCUCGGAACCGAGGAAGUUGUUUACACUCAUGCAACAUGUGGUGGUUUCAUAUACAAUGUGCAGCCAUGUCCUUAUGAUGCUAGAAGAGUGGCAGUUAGUUCCGGAGAUGGAGUGAUCAGAGUACUGGAACUGGAUGUGGCCGAUGACGACGAGAUGAAAUUAUAUCUGGGCAACAUCACAACAUAUUGGCAGAAUGUGCAGGGCAAAGUGCUGACUGUGGCCUGGCAUCCGACUAAAGAGAAUCUAUUGGCGUUCGGAACUGCUGAAGCUAGGGUUGGUUUGAUAGACGCGAAUGGUAAAAGUGAUCGUCCGGCGCGCACGCUGCUGCCCGCACUCGGUGGUGGCGUGUACUCGCUCUGCUGGGGCGAGGAUGACCAGCUGCUUGCUGCCGCUAACGGAGAACUUGUCGUCUAUAGGACCAGCAAACCUGAUCAACCGCCGCAGAGUAUAAAGAUGUGCGUGGAGGGUGCGCAGUGGGCGGUGAGCUGCGUGCGUGCGCAGGCGCAGAGCGGGCUGCUCGCAGUGGGCAGCUGUGACGGCGCGGUGGCAGUCACCCGCGCAGCCCCGCACUGCACCGCACUUGCAGCUAAUUAUUUAUACACUAAAAUGAUAUACAAUGUGGAGUGGCAUCCGGAACAAACGUCUGAAGCUAACGAGGAGUCUCCGUACAAGAAUCUCAUUGCUGUCUCAUCACUAGAUAAACAACAUAGUAUCUCUAUCCUUGAGUAUGGCGAUAAAGAAGACGGCACCAAACAGCUGCAGGUUUGGAAAGUGCUGACUGGGCACAAGCACGCCAUCCUGCAGUUAGCUUGGAGUCCGCACAGAGACGAACUUCUGGCAUCCACCUCUCAAGACUGUACUAUACGGGUGUGGGACGUAGUGGGCGAUGCAUGCGUAUCGAUCUGUAAUGCGCACACGCAGUACGCGGUGGGCGUGGCGUGGUGCGCGCGCCCGCAGUUCCCCGCCCACCUGCUCACCGGCGGCGCGGACUGCUCGCUCAGGCUCUGGUCGUACAUGGACUACUCCGCGGUUAAAUAUCAAGGAGAAGAAAUUGGCGUUUCGAAAAGAGAUAAAAAGAAGCUCAGUAAACAAGUAAAGAAAGCGGAGGAUUUUAAAUAUGAACUUUUAGAUAGUCUAGCCGUUGCCCAGGAAGAUAAAGUUAAAACAACCAAGAAAUACCUUUUACCACUCAUACACAAACAAAUGCAAACAUCCCUCUUAUCAGGCGCUAAGCGGAUGUUAAAAAACCAUAUAAAUAAGAAUUCUGAUGAUAAUAAAAUUGAAAAAGAUGAAUCUGAAAAUUUAGAAAGUAAAGUUAAUAGUUCCUUGGAUAAGGCCGAGUUGGACAAAGAACCGAGCAACAAUGAUAAAGGAUUUGAUAUUGACUUUAUUAAAAUGUUCGGCAGCACAAAUGAUGUUAACGAAGUAUUGGAUUUGGAAUUGGAGAACCACAGGACAGGCGGUAACCUAGAGUCGUGUAUUAUGUUGUGUGUGCUGCGCGGGCGCAUAGACUGCGCUGUACAGUUCGCUGUAAAGCGAGACUUACUCUGCCCAUAUCUCCUCAGUCUCACACCCUGUGUUUCACACAAAUAUUGGAAAGAAGUGAUGCAGCUGUAUACAGCUCAAUUAGACAGACUCAUCGCCAAAGGAGAGGAAGAGAAAUAUAACUUGUCGCGUAAGUACGGAGGUCCGGUGUACCGCAAGCUGGGCGCGCUGCUCAGUGCGCACGACCUGAAGGCGGCCGUAGCGCUGCUCGCUGAGCACAGGCUCUACAGGGAGGCCUAUGUACUCUGUCGCACAAGGCACAUGGACAGCAUAGCUACGGAUGUGCUGGGUCUGUGGGCGCAGCACAGCGUUAAAGGCGGCAAAUGGGCGAUCGCAGCUGUUUGUCACCUUGCUAUGGGUGAUCUUUCUCAAGCGGCGAUGUUUAUGGGCAAAUCCAGUGAGCCGGAAUUCCUGUGCUUAGCUGCCGAAAUGGCCAAACUAACUGGACAGACUACAUUCGCAGACCAUAUAGAAGAACGCAAGUCAAAUAUAAUAAAAGAGAAACCUGUCACUGAAAACGAAGACUCGUUAGAUGAAUUACCAACAAGAAUGGAACUCCUGUUAAAAGAAGAAACUAGUACCAAAAAAGAAGAAAUUAGAGAUCAAGAGACAGUAGAACAAAGUGAUAUGGAUUUACCUUCUAGAAUGGAACAACUGUUAAGAGAUGUUCAGAAAGAAGAAUUAAAUGGAACAGAAGUAAAAACAGAAUCUCAAACUGACGGAGAAAUGGAGAAGUUACCUUCUAAAAUGGAACUCCUUUUAAAAGAAUAUGCAACUGGCUCACAAGAAAAAGAAAGUAAUCAGUCUCAUGAAAACUGAAGGUGUUUUAGUUAGGAAAUAAAUUGAUAUAUAUGUCAUAAAAGACUUCUUCUUUUAAUUAAAAGUAUAGAAUACGAUUUUAUUGAGUAAAGAUUAAUGACAACAUAAGUAUCGGUGUCUUUAUGUAUUAUUGUGUGUAACUUGUAUUUUUAAUACUAAAGAAAAUAAAAAAAUAAGUAAACUGCUGUGCAUUUAAUCCUAUUUCUUUGUUCCUGUUUGUUAAAAAUAAGUGUGGUUUCUUUUUACAGGUUGUUAUAGUUCUUUGUAAGCAGUAGAAUUUAGUUCAAUAAAUUUUAAGAUUAUAGGUAUAAAAUUAACCUCACUUAUUAAGCUGCUUUAAAAAAUGUGUUCUUUAAUA